AGCAUCCAGAGUUGAUCCAUCAUUUCCUAUAUGCGCGCUACAACACCGAGGGAAUGGUCCGUGUGUCUGCGGAGCACAUGCUCUGCGCGGGCAUGUGACUGGACGAGGACAGGAAUGUGUGCAGGAUGAGCAGCACAUUUGUCACAUUAGCUGAGGUACUGGAGGCGCGAGGGGGACCUCUGCUGGAGGAGGAGGUCUGGUCCCUGCUGCUGGGCACUGCAGAGUCUUUAGUGGAUGUCUCCUAUAAGGGCCACAACAAUAUGUGUAACAUCAUAAGCCCCACCUCCUUGCUGCUGUCAGCCACUGGUACCUUAGCGUUUAAGAACUGCGGCCUAUCAGACGAUGUGUCCACCUUCACCGCUCCGGAGAUGCUGCAGGGCCGUGCCAGCUCAACCAAACCUGCCAUAGAGAGGAUGCUGGUGUAUUCACUGGGAAUGACUCUCUACUGGUCAGUUGAUUUUCACCUACCUCAAAAUCAGCCAGUCCAGUUGAGUGACCAUCUGAACAGCCUCCUCCUCAGCAUGUGUGAGGACGUGGCUCACCGCAGGGUGAACCUCAACUCCAUCCUGGAAGCCUGCGAAUCUCAGCACAAAGCCUCCGUCCUGCCGUCGCCCACCAAAGUCAUCCGACAGCUGGUGGAGGAGGUUUUUCAUGAAUCGAUGGACCAUGGAGGCUCUUUGCCAGACAGUAACAUCCCUUUGAGUGGCAGGAGCCAGAUGAUCAGAGAGAGACUUCACGGGAAGAGGGGGCCAUUUUCAGACGCCAGCGAGGGCAGUCCUGAAGGGAGAAGAUACUCGACAGACUCUGACUCAAAGUCAGGGAGUUUAUCUCAGAGACCUUGGAGACAAAGACCAAGGAGCUCUCCCACACCAUUGUACCAAUCCUCUUUGGACAGACUCCCUCGCGGGAGGGUUCGCCACAGGGACAGCAACAGCAGUUGGCUUGGUAGGAGCCCCCACCAUGACGUCUCUCCCAAAAUAUCAGGCAGAUCUCACAGUCCCUCUAUCACCUUCAGCGAGUCCUCACUCAGCCUGAGCCAGAGGAAAGCUAAGGCUUUGGGUCCUGAAUUCGUAAGAAUGCCAGACGAGCAACAAACUGUUCUUGAGCUUCCAGGAUCCAUUGUGUCCAGAAAGGGCCGUUCAUGUUCGUCUCAGAGAGAGCUGACUGUGGUGCUGCCUAACGGACAGUGCGUGGUGGUCCGCUGUGACAUUAAGUCCAAAGCAAGAGAUGUGUUUGACAUGGUGGUGGCUCAUGCAAACUUGGUGGAGCACUUCUACUUUGGUCUUGCCUUCCUAGAUGAUGAUGAGUAUUUCUUUUUGGACCAUGAAACAAAAAUCUCCAAAGUUGCACCAGACAGUUGGAAAAAAGGGCAGAUAUCCUCCUUUUCGGUGUAUCUUCGUGUGAAAUUUUUCGUUGAUGACAUUUCCUUCGUUUUGCACAGACUGACUCGGCACCAGUACUACUUACAGCUGCGUAAGGAUAUCAUGGAGGACAGGCUUAACUGCAAUGAGGAGACAGGCCUGUUCCUCGCCGCUCUCGCUCUGCAGGCGGAGUUUGGGGAUUACAUGUCAGAGUUGUACGGCAAGAAUUAUUACCAGCCAGAGCACUAUGUGUCCACGAGGAUGCUGGAGAAGCUGGCCCUGCCAACUGUCAAGGAGGAGCUGCCAAGACUACAUGCAAGUCAUGCCCAGAUGCUGCCCGAAGAGGCAGAAACAGAGUAUCUAAAGAUUGCCCAGCAGAUACCUGAGUAUGGGGUAAUAUUCCACCGUGUGGGGAGAGAGAAAAGGCCAUUGGUGGGAGAGCUGGUGCUGGGCAUCUGUGUCAAAGGAAUCAUUGUGUACGAGACGAGGAACCACAUGCGCACCGUCAUCAGGCGUUUCCUCUGGAGGGAAACUGACUCCGUAUCCACUGGGCGGCGUAAACUGAUAAUCGAGUGCGGCGGGCCCAGUGGGAAAAAGCACAGUUUUAUUACAGAGAGCACAAAAAUAGCACAGUACCUCCUGAACCUUUGCUCGGCACAGCACAAGUUCCACAGCGAGAUGACGUCACGACAACUUAACCACACCAUGAUACCAGAUGAACACUUGGACAAGUACAUGUCCGUCUACGGGGGUAGUAACUUGAACCUGAAGCGGAUAUCCUGCUCGGAGGGCAUGUUGAACCAUGUAGGCAUGAGCCCUGGUCAACCAGACCUCUCCAAGUCCUGUGACGACCUGACGGCCAAGCUGGAGGCUCGCCUCCGCCAGCAGAGAGAGAUGAGGAGAGAGAUGAGCAGAGAGCUGAACAAAGAGCCCCCUGAAACAGGAGAGCUCAGGGACAUGAAGGAUCCACAGUGUUGGAGCGCUCCAGAGCCGAAUCCCAGGAGGAUGUCCAGUGUUUCGCUACAGAAGCAGGAAUCUGACGCCUCUUUCUCCAUACGAGUGGAUACACCAACCAGGACCCAACCAGAGAGAGAGAUAGUCUGUGUGACACUGAAGAAAGAUCCCAAACUGGGCUUCGGCUUUGUGAUCGUGGGAGAGGACAACACGGGUAAACUUGACCUUGGGCUCUUCAUAGCUUCCAUUGUGCCUGACGGGCCUGCGGACAGAGAUGGACGGAUCAAACACGGUGGACGUCUCAUCUCUCUUAACAAGAUUAGUUUGGAGGGAGUGACAUUCAGUGACGCUGCUGCCAUCUUACAAAACAGCCCUGAAGAGGUGGAGCUCAUUGUGUCCCAGCCGAAACAGACUCUGAGGGACCUUAGGAGUUCCUUGAGUCAGAGUACAAUGGGUUUGGCUUUGGAGAAAGGCUUCGGGUCACAGACCACCCUGAGCGGCACAGAGUACCGCCAGGUCGUGGAGGAACUGGAGGAGGCCAUCAGCCUGUCCACCAUGGCGACCCCCAAGCAGAACAGGAGACUUCACAUUCCUGUCGUGAGAAUACACGACGCCCAGGAUCUGUGUUCCAGGUCUCCCUCAGUCAUUAGUCUGAGGAGCAGCGAGCAGAUCAUGGUGGAGCUGAUGAAGAGCGGUGGCAGUCUCGGCAUCAGCGUUGCUGGAGGAAUAAACACCAACGUGCGAUAUGGAGGCAUCUACAUCAAGAGCCUGGUGCUAGGGGGCGCUGCAGAGCAGGACGGACGCAUUCAGAUUGGUGACAGACUGCUGGAGGUUGACGGAGACAACCUGAGGGGCGUGAGUCACCAUCAUGCUGUCGAGUGCCUGAAGAGGACUGGGGAGGUGGUGAACCUGCUGCUGGAGAGGGAGCCCACGGUAAUCUUGGAGCCCAGAUUUGACUCACCCUGCCCCCAAUUAGCCCACAGUCGCUCAUACACACAGCCCCCCAGGACCGAGGUCUCCGUGGAAACGACCUUGAGUGGUCGAGCCAAGGACUACAGCUUUGUGACUGAUGAAAACACACAUGAAGUUGUGCUAAAGAAGAGCCUGUCCGGCCUCGGCUUCAGCUUUUACAUCUCACAGCUUCACUCGGGGCAGGACCGAGCUAGCAUCGUGCGCAUCAAGCGCCUGUUCCCGGGUCAGCCGGCGCUGGAGAGUGGCCUGCUGCGAGAGGGGGACGUCAUUUUGUCCGUCAACAGGGAGCCCCUGAAGGACCUCUCUUACCAGAGGGUUUUGUUCCUGCUGCGUGGAGCUCCGUCUGAAGUUCAUCUGCUAAUUUGUCGACCAGGUCCUGGAGUGCUAUAUGAUGCAGAGGGCAAUACACUGAUUCCUGCAUCCACCCGUGAGGCUCGAUCCCACUCUCUGGAUAUCAGACUAGGAGAGGACUACAGCCAGCUCCUGAAGUUUCAGUAUGAAUUCAACAAUCCCGUCCAGAAACAAGCCCCCACCGAGGACGAAGAUGUGACCAUUACAGAAGAGAAAAACCCAGAGCCUCUUGCAGCUCCAGCACCCCCGGAGAAUCUGGACUGCGAAGUGCAGGUCAACCAAACUCCUCCAUCAACUCCUCGCUUACCCCCAUCACCCAUGUCGCCUCCGUCCCCAGUCUCGCCAGCCUCACCGGCAUCGCCCACCUCGCCUGCCUCACAAGCCUCUGGCUCUCCACCAGCUCCAACGGAGUCGCGACCGACCACUAGGAAUCCAGAUGAACAACAGGAAGUAGGAGGAAGGAAGAAGAGAAAGGACGAGGGAGAGGAGGUGGCAACAACUUCAAGUUCAACCGUGAUACUCAUGGACGUCUGUCCCAAGACUGCUUCAAACUCUGUGUAUGCCAGUGGAGUCAGAGAGGAGGCAGAUGGAAGUGUGACCUACUGCCUUGUUGGAAAUGGGCUGACGAUCAUGGCAGACGAAGAGUACCUGACCAUCAGCUCCACCCUGGAGCCUCCUCACAGCUUGCCCUCCGGUCUGGCCACUCACAACCCAACUACCAACCUAACAGGCUCUCAAAACUCCAACAGCUCAUCAGGUUUCAGCUCUCAGAAUCCAAACCUCUGCCCCCACGUCUCCGCCACCACCAUCCCAUCCCUCGGCCUCUCGGCUGACACCCCGACCACCUGCACACUGGCCCACCCAUCUCAGCCACUCACAACGCAGCCGCCGAAAGCCAAGCAUCACCCGAUCCAGCAGGGAAUCCUUCAGAGUCAGUACAUAGCCUUUUCCGAGAGCAGCAGGCCUGUGGCGCCUCAACCCCAGCCUCCUGCUCCACCACAGACCCCCAUUACAGCCCAGAUCAUCCCCUCUGUGCCUCACUGCGUCAGUCCGCUUGCCUCGACGCUGCCACCCACAGUGCUGCCUGCUCCUGCCCAGAGCCACAUGCAGCUGAGGGGAGAGCCAGGGAAGAAAGAGAGGGAAUACAAGAAUGAGGAUGAUGAGCAGGAUGAGGAAGAGGAAGAGAGUCGAAGAAAGGGAAGGGUCAAAGAGUUUGAAAUGACCGUGAUUCUGACCAAGUCCAGGAGUGGAAGCUUUGGCUUCACCAUUACCCGCAGCAAACUGGACAACUGCUACUACAUACAGGAGAUACUGGACAACCCAGCCAAGGCAGAUGGACGACUCAGGGCAGGAGACAGGCUCGUCACCGUGAACGGGCAUGAUGUUACCCGUGUGGCAGACGAUUAUGCCAUGACGAUCCUCAGGUCAUCUCCGCGAAGACUGAGUAUGACCCUGGGGAGGGCGGUGACAAACCUGGUGGCCCCGCCUUCCUGCGACAACCUGCCCGACAUUGUCCUGCACAAGACAACUUCUGGACAGCUCGGUAUAAAGCUGACUGGGGGCAUUGGCAGCAAAUGGCAGGGUAUCUACUGUCUGGAGGUGGUGCCAGGCUCCCCAGCCAGUGAGGAGGGGAGCGUCCAACCCAAUGACAAAAUCAUCUACAUCUGUGGCAGGUGCACGCUGGGUAUGACCCUCGAGGAUGCGGUCAAAGCGUGCGAGAUCGCGCCUCGUAAAGUCAAACUUAAGAUCAUCAGAGAAGACCAGCCGGUGACCCCCAGGGCUAAGUGGAACGGCCUGUUUGACUGGAAAAAGGAAAGGAAGUCCCUCACUCGUUUUGAAGAACCCGUCUCUCCAGAUCAAGACUCCCCCACUGAAGAUGCUGAAGUUGUGUGUAGGACUACUGCUAAAUUCCGAUGUCUCUCUCUCAGCCAAGAACAAGACAGUUGCAUCAUGCAAGUAGAGUUCUCAAAACCAGAAGGAGGAGGCUUUGGCUUUGCUUUGGUCGGAGGAACAAACGGCACCAUGCUCAGAGUUAGGGAAAUCUGCUCGGGUGGAGUGGCCGAGCAGGACGGCAGGCUGAGAGUGGGAGAUAUUUUAUUAGAGGUGAAUGGUGUGAUUGUUUCGGGCCUGAGCCACAGUAAGGUGGUGGACAUCCUGCGUAAAGCCGAGGGCAGCGUGCAGCUCACCAUCUGCAGAGACAUCCUACCACUGACCUUCUCCGAGUCAACCCCACCGCCCAACCUGUCUUCUCAGACUGAGGCUAUUUUAGCUGAGCAACCUGCCUCUGACACUCGCUCCUCACCCGACGUCAUGGUGAAGAGGCCGGUUCAGCACCCGCCUGAGGUGACAUCAUCUCCUGUUGUUAAAGAAACACCUGUUGUCCUAACGUCACCACCGCCUCCACCGCGCCGACUCACUAUUGUAACAGACGACCCUGAAAUAAUACCGUCUGUGGAUCAGGAGAGCUGUAACAGCACCCCCUCUCAUCAAGCUUGCUGCCCGUCCCUCAAUGUCACUGACAUGUUGCAUGGAGCUUCUGACAGGAAACAUAUUGUGACUAAACUCUUGGACCAGUCCUGCAAAGACAUCCGGAAACUCCAGUCAGAUGGCUGGAGCAGCGAGGAAGAAGACGAUGAUGUAUUUGACGCCAGCCAACAGGAAACAACCUCACCCCAAACAGGCCCACCCAUAGUGUCAGAGGAGGAACUGGCCAGUUUAGCUCUCAUCAGCCCAGCAAGGAGCAGCCAGUAUUCAGGGUCAAGAGUCAAAGCUCUUAUCCAGAUUCUGCAGCAUCAAGUGGACCAGCAGGAACUGGUCAAAGAGUUCAUGGCUCUGGGACAUCUGAAGCCCUCCGACAACUGUGUGGUGGGAAAAGCCCCUGAGAACAGAGAUAAGAACCGCUACAGAGACAUCCUGCCCUACGACAAAACACGUGUUGCCAUUGGAGAGAACCAGGACUACAUCAACGCCAGCUACAUCCGCAUGCAAUUCCGCGACAAGGAGUUCUUCUACAUCUCCUGCCAGGGCCCGCUGCCCUCCACAGUGUCAGCCUUCUGGCAGAUGAUCUGGGAAAACAAAUCGGACGUCAUCGCCAUGAUGACCCAGGAGCUGGAGCGGGGAAGGAUUAAGUGUCACAAGUACUGGCCAGAGAAGCUGGGCGUGCCCCUGGACACCGGCAGGUACCAGCUGCACCUGGAGAACCGACAGCACCUGGAGUACUUCCACAUUAAGGUCAUCCGAAUGGUGGACACAGAGACCAAUGAGACACAUUUUGUCAAUCACCUGAAGUUCACGCACUGGCCUGACCACGGUGUGCCGCACUCCUCUGAGCAGCUGGUUCGCUUCAUCCGCUACCUGAGGGCAGUGCAUCAUCAGGGGCCAGUGACGGCUCACUGCAGCGCCGGCAUCGGACGCACGGGAGUUCUCAUCUGUACCGACAUUAUCAUCAGUCUCAUUGAGAACGAUUUACCUAUCGACGUGAGCGACAUUGUAAAGGAGAUGAGACUCCAGCGGCACGGAAUGAUUCAAACCAAGGAACAAUACCUCUUCUGCUACAAAGUCUGGUUGGAGGUUUUACAGGGCAUUUUACAACUUCACAGCAGCCAAUGGCAGCCGGAGAGUCCCCGAGACAUCAAAUUGGUCUGAAAUGUUUCCACUUCCGCCUCACCUGCCUGAGAAGCUCAGGCUGUAUAUGUGUAACCUUGUUCAGUCAAUCACACCACAGACUGGUGGUGGACUUUUCUUUGGCUGUAGUUAGUUUAGUUAGCUAGAAUAUGAACCCUGUACUUCUCUGUUUUGAUACUUUGUGUUGAGGCCUCUCGGUUAGUUACAAUGACUUUUUCUUAUACGUGCUCUCGGUGCUGUGAUUUUGUCCGUUUCGUUUAGAUCACUGGGGUUGUUUUGCCUUUUCAGGCUUAGUGAUUUGCCUUCUGUCUCUAGCAUGUUUUUUUUUUUUUAUUUGUGUGUCACUAUUUGAAUGUAUUAUUUAUUUUUUCUCUAAACCUUUCAAUUUGCAUAUUGCAUAUAUUUUAUUAACAGUCAUAUUGCAUGGAGCUUAAAAAAAGGGAAUAAUAUCCACAUCUUUAAACUUGGCAGUAGUGUCACUAAUGUCAUCGAAGUGCACAACUUUAAAAACCAUCGUACCAAUGCUGGUAUCCGUCUGAAACCCUGAUGAGUAGCGCUUGAGUGUGCGACGUGUUAUCAUUUCAUUAAGUGCAUUUCUAACCCUGGAGAAAAAGGGCAUUAGCAAAAUGAGUGGUAUUGAUUUUUCAGUUCAUCGUGUACGGUAAUGAAAAGCAUCAAGUGCCUUGGAAUGACUCACUCGGUCGCUCCACGCUGACCAGAAGUCACUUGUCACAAGAGGUCGGGGGGGCCCAAAGGCAGGCGCCUCGACGGUGGUUAGACUGAAUGUAAAGCUUUCAGUUUGUGGUUUGAGGUGGAGCGGUCCAAACCAGAGGAGGGUUACAUCUCACUUUUUGGUUACUUUGAACAAUGUGAGGUUCGCACACCCGCCUGUAAAUCUUUUUCUCUUUCUUUGUGGGCCCAUUUUAUACAAACACAGAAUCACAAUGAAAGUCUUACUACACAUAACACAACUUGCACAUCCCAAUACAGAUAAAGAAUGAUUUGACCUGACAAAUGUUUAUAGAUGAAUUAAUUUUUUCGUCUAAAAUGUGGAGGAGGCUUUUUUUUUGGACUGAUUUAAAUGUAAAUUAAAUAAUGUGUUGCUGGGAGGAUUUGUCAUGUGACAUCAUCCUGUAUCUGUAUUCCAUAGCUAUUUUAAUACAAACUCAGCCAAAAAUGCAAAAAAUAUGACAAGGUUUACAAACUUUCCAUUUUGCCACUUUAGAGGCGUCCAAUGUACAAAGCAACAGAGCUGCAUCUCCGAGUCAAGAGGAUUUUUAGCUGCUGGUUUGAACCUCAACCUUUGGAUGUAAAUGCUUGUAAGCUGUAUUCUUUUAGCUGCUAUCACACACACAAACACACACACACACACAAACGCACGCACACACACACACACCAGCUCUUGCAUUGCAUGUAGACUCUUUAAAUAGAGACGUCUGAGCCUGGUGUCUGAACUGCUGAAUGACUUGAACGUGAGCUAAAUUUGGAAUGUAAUGAAGCAAUACUCUUCACGAGACGAGGAGAGGAGAUGGAAAUUGCGAGCUCUUUCCCUGUAACGUCUUCCAGACUGUUUGGAGCAUGUUGGUGAGACAUAUGCAGUACUGUACCUUUGCCGUGUGGAUGGCCAUGCAGAGCCAUCGGCCUCUGUAUGCAAUAUCUUUUCACUCAGUGCUGGUCGGUCGGUUUCCCCGCGCUCUG